CAAGGACCGCUCUGUGCAUGAGGCAUGGACACCUUGGAACUUGCCAGAAAGCUGCAGGAGGAGGCCAUGUGCUCCAUCUGCCUUGACUACUUCAAGGACCCGGUGAUGACCUCCUGCGGCCACAACUUCUGCCGGGAGUGCAUCCAGCUGACCUGGGAGAAGGCCAAAGGCAAAAAAGGGGGGAAGAAGCGCAAGGGCUCCUUCCCGUGCCCCGAGUGCCGGGAGCUGUCCCCCCAGAGAAACUUGCGGCCCAACCGCCUGCUGACCAAGGUGGCAGAGAUGGCGCGGCAGCACCCGGGCUUCCAGAGCAGGGACCUGUGCGCGGUGCACCAGGAGCUGCUGAAGCUCUUCUGUGAGGACGACCGGGUCCCCAUCUGUGUGGUCUGCAGGGAGGCCCGGGAACACCGGCCCCACCGCGUGGUCCCCAUCGAGGAGGCCGUGCAGGGGUAUAAGACAAAGCUGCAGGCGGACAUGAGGCACCUUCAGGAGGAGAUGAUGAAGACUGGGAGGCUGCAGGCCAGGGAGAGGCAGACCCUGGCGGAGUGGCAGGAGAAGGUGAAGGAGCAGAGGCGGCGCAUCGUGGUGGAGUUUGAGAAGGUGGAACUCUUGCUCCUGGAGGAGAAGCAGCGUCUGCUCCAGGCCCUGAAGGCGGAGGAGGAGGAGGUGGAGGCCAGGCUGCGGGAGAGCUUGGCCACCCUGGAGCGGCAGGGCCACUCCCUGGAGAUGCUGCUACUGCAGCUGGAGGACAGCAGUGAGCACACUCCACUGCAGAUGCUGCGGGACAUGAAAGAGCUCCUGAACAGGAAGAACAGCCUGAGUGUACAGUACCCGGAGGCCACCUGUACUGUGCUGAGGACAGUCUGCAGGGUCCCUGGGCAGAUAGAGGUGCUCAAGAGCUUCCAAGAGAACGUGGUGCCGGACCCCGCCACCGCCUACCCCUACCUCCUCCUGUAUGAGAGCCACCAGAAGCGCUUCCUGACCACGCCACUGGAGAGCGCACUCCACAGCAAGGACCGGUUCCUGGCCUACCCCUGCGCCGUAGGCCGGGAAACCUUAUCCUCCGGCAGGCACUACUGGGAGGUGGGCGUGAACCUCACCGGUGACGCGCUCUGGGCCCUGGGCGUGUGCAGGGACAACGUGAGCCGAAAGGACAGGGUCCCCAAGUGCCCCGAAAAUGGGUUCUGGGUGGUGCAGCUGUGCAAAGGGAACACGUACACGCUCCGUGCAUCCGCCCCCACCCCAGUCACGCUGGCCGAGCCCCCCAGCCACAUGGGGGUCUUCCUGGACUUCGAGGUGGGGGAGGUGUCCUUUUACAACCUGAAGGACGGGUCCCACCUGCACACCUAUGCCCAGCAGCAAUUCUCUGGCCCCCUGCAGCCCUUCUUCUGCCUGGGGGCCCCCAAAUCAGGCCAGAUGGUCAUCUCUACAGUGAUCCUGUGGGUGAAGACAUAGGGGCACAGGCCAGGGGAAGGGGGGCGCGGGCGUCCCUGGUUUCUCCGGAAGGUGCCAUGGCCCCGCACAGCACAGGCCACCUGCCAGACCUGUCUACGGUGGAGCGCUUGCGAGCCACAGGCUGGCUGCGCAAGGCAGUUUUGCGAAGCUGAUCUGUAAUCACGAUUAAAGCCGUUAAAGGUCAAGAGA